AUGGGGGCACCCUUCAGGCCGGCAGUUGACGUUGCUGGCAACAUCCACGACCGAGAUGGGAGAUUCCCAGCGAAACCAGUUUGGAACGGUCUCCGCAAGCUUGCGGUUGUAGCUAUUUGUAUUAUCAACCAAGUCUUGGCGGCCUUCAAGGAAGCUCCUAUGCAUCACGUUGCCCACCAGCACGUUGAUGUCCGCUUUGGCUUCACGGGCGCUCUGGACUAUGGCCCCCAUAUCUCCAAGCAGCCCUUCAGGUCCCUGAACACUCCAGCCGAGAUCGUUGAAACCCAAGAGCAGAAGUAG